GAUUAUUUUGAAAUUGUUUGCCAUGUCGCACACCGUGUUGUUGGUGCACCCGAAGAAAAGUCCACAGACGCGCACCUACAGCGAGUUCAAUACGCUGGAUGAUUGCUUAGAGGCUGUCUGCAAUAUCUAUGAGGAGCACCUGAAGCGUAAAUACCCCAAUAUGCCAUCCAUAACGUAUGACAUUAAGCAACUGUUCGACUUCAUCGACUCCCUCGUGGAUAUAAGCUGUCUGGUGUAUCAGAAGAGCACGCGCAGCUAUGCUCCCUACGGCAGGGAAUGGAUCAAGGACAGGAUCUACGAACAAUUUCGAAACGCAGCUAUAAGUAAAUAAACAUUGUGA